ACACGCAAGAAGGCUUUGAUUUCGACCCGUGAGUCUGACAUAUAUAUACAUAUCUUCUUGUUGUGUUGUGUUGUGUGGGCACAGAAUUAAGAAAGACACAGAGAAAGAAAGAGGUUUGACGAUGAAGAAGGUGAUCUCAGUGAGUGUGUUGCCUGUGCUGUUGGUGUUGGUGUUGCUUUGUUCGGUGUGUGAAUUGGGUCACUGUCUUGAACGCUCUUCUGUUUUAAAGAUGAGGCUUGGAGGGGUUCACGACUGCAAAGGCUCUCAGAACAGCGCCGAGAUCGACAGCCUCGCUCGUUUUGCUGUCCAAGAACACAACAAGAAAGCGAAUUCUCUUCUUGAGUUUGCAAGGGUAUUGAAGGCCAAAGAACAGGUGGUUGCUGGUAAGAUGUACCAUUUGACUCUGGAAGUGAUUGAUGCUGGUAAGAAGAAGAUAUACGAAGCUAAAGUCUGGGUGAAGCCAUGGAUGAACUUCAAGGAGUUGCAGGAAUUUAAGCAUGCCCAUGAUGACCCUUCCUUUUCCCAGUCAGACCUAGGUGCUGAACGUGAUGGCCAUGAACCAGGAUGGAAAGCAGUGCCAACUGAUGAUCCUGAGGUUCAAGAUGCAGCAAAUCAUGCUGUUAAGUCCAUCCAGAAGAGAUCAAACUCCUUGUCACCCUAUGAACUUCUAGAGGUCCUUCUAGCUAAGGCCAAGGUCAUUGAAGAUUAUGCCAGAUUUGAAUUGCUUGUGAAGCUGAGGAGGGGAAUAAAGGAAGAGAAGUUCAGGGUUGAAGUAAAUAAGAAUAUUGAAGGAAAGUUCUUUUUGAAUCAGUUUGAACAAGAUCACUCCUGAAUUUAGUAAUUAUUAUGUGUUAAAAUAAUUUGUGGAGUUAUGCUGCUAUCUUAGACAAUGCGAUGACUAAUGACAGUAAAAUGCUUUGGCGUAUAGCCUGUUAUGUGUAAAUAGAUACUGCUUACCAACCUUUUAAUCUGGAUAGAUAUGGUUUUAUAGGUGGGUUUGUUUUGUACGUGUAAAUAUGCGUGUUGAAUAAACCAACUGGAUAUUUUAUAUAUGCAACUUCUAAUGGUCUUUUCUUUCA